GCAGAACGGGUCAGCUCUGUUUACGUUGAGAUGCUCACAACAAAGGACAGCACUCCGCGGAGAGGCUGUCAUUUAAACCCGAGCCCCGUGGAUGUCCCGGUUUACGGUGAGCGUUCCCAACUCCCAGCUCCACGGAGGGGACAGCGUAUAACACAAACCCUCACUGGCUUCCAUUUUAUUUCUACGUGGUGCGGUUUAAUUUUUUUGUUAAAGACGCGGAGAAAUUAAGACCAAAUUUUCUUUCUUUUUUUUUUUUGUCGGUCUUGUGCCGGUUAGCUAGCCCGCUAGCCUCCGCAAGUUAGAAGCUGGUGGGAGACGCUAGCAAGCUGAGAGCGACCCGGAGACUCGGGACAAUAAGAGGACUUCAUCAUUUACACCGCGGGCAGGUCAAGUGGUGCUGCCAGAGACGGGCCCAUGAAGCAUGAGAGGGUGGAGCUGAGGCUCAGCUGACCCUUCCCCUUCCUUCUCCUCCUUUCCCCCGGUGGUCCACUCGAUCAGCACCUCCCCCCUCCCUUCCUCUCCUUUCCCUUUCCUGCCUCCCAUCACCCUGCUGGAUCUCACCCGUCGUUCCUCCCCUCCUCCUCCUCCUCCUCCACCGAGCCUCAAUCAGCCGAGCCCAAUGUACUCCCCGGAGCAGGAAAACAUCUCCACCACCGCCUCCACCAAAGUGCCAGUGAAGUACGGAGAGCUCAUUGUGCUGGGGUACAAUGGCUCUCUGCCCAACGGGGACCGAGGCCGACGUAAAAGCCGUUUUGCACUUUGUAAGAGGCCGAAAGCGAACGGCGUGAAACCCAGCACAGUCCACAUCGCCUGCUCUCCCCAAGCAGCCAAGGCCAUAAGCAACAAAGACCAGCACAGCAUCUCUUACACUCUGUCUCGAGCCCAGACGGUGGUGGUGGAGUACACCCAUGACAGCAAUACAGACAUGUUCCAGAUCGGUCGAUCCACAGAGAGCCCAAUAGAUUUCGUAGUGACGGACACGGUGGCGGGCAGCCAGAGCAACGCAGACACUCAGUCGGUCCAGAGCACCAUCUCCCGCUUCGCCUGCCGCAUCAUGUGCCAGCGCACGCCGCCUUACACCGCACGCAUCUACGCCGCAGGCUUCGACUCCUCCAAGAACAUCUUCCUCGGGGAGAAAGCUGCUAAGUGGAAGACGUCUGACGGUCAGAUGGACGGUUUGACCACCAACGGCGUGCUGGUGAUGCACCCUCGCAACGGCUUCACCCAGGACUCCAAACCGGGCGUCUGGAGGGAGAUCUCGGUCUGCGGCAACGUCUUCACGCUGCGAGAAACCCGCUCGGCGCAGCAGCGGGGAAAGAUGGUGGAAACUGAGUCUCAGGAGCUGGUCGACGGCUCCCUCAUCGACCUGUGCGGCGCCACUCUGCUGUGGCGCACCGCCGAAGGCCUGUCGCGCACUCCCACCCUCAAGCACCUGGAGGCGCUGCGGCAGGAGAUCAACGCGGCGCGCCCGCAGUGCCCCGUGGGCUUCAACACGCUGGCCUUCCCCUCCAUGCGCCGCAAGGACACGCCGGACGAGAAGCAGCCCUGGGUCUACCUCCAGUGUGGCCACGUGCACGGCUACCACAACUGGGGCAACCACCGCGAGGAGAGGGAGGGCCGGGAGGGCCGCAGCCGGGAGUGCCCCAUGUGCCGAGCUAAAGGGCCCUACGUACCCCUGUGGCUGGGCUGCGAGGCGGGCUUUUACGUGGACGCAGCUCCGCCCACUCACGCCUUCAACCCCUGCGGCCACGUCUGUUCGGAUAAGACGGCGGCCUUCUGGAGUCAGAUCCCGCUUCCUCACGGCACUCACACCUUCCACGCCGCCUGCCCCUUCUGUGCCCAACAGCUGACUGGCGAGCAGGGCUUCGUCAGACUCAUCUUCCAGGGGCCCCUCGACUAGAGGGGGAACCUCCCAGCAUCCUCUGGAAGACGCAGGGCGGCGAGGUUUUUGCUUGGACACGGAUCCUGCGUUUUAAGAACAGGGACCUACCCAGAUGUGUUUUCUUUGCCCUGCAGUUAAGAUAUAAACUUUUUUCUGGACUUCUUGUCUCUUUCUCAUUUUUAAGUGACCUUUGUAUUGCUUUUUCAUGAAUGACAACAAAGAUUUCUAUAUUUUCAUGUGAAACCAGAGACACAAAAACCAAACAAAGAACACUGCUGGGUAAACUUUUCUCGUUUGUUUCUCGGAAAGAACUUUUAACAACAGUAUUUAUCUGAAUUACUAACACGCCGCGGUGCAAACGUGCGGCUUUUAUUCAUGUUUAUUGUUGCAAUAUACAUCUGUGUACAUCUCUUAAAGCUAAUUUAAACAAAGAUGUUUAUUUAUGGCCCAGGAUCAUCGCUUCAUCCUUUAUCUGUCAGAUAUGCCUAACUUCAAUACUAUUUAGCAUUUUAAUUUGAAAACUCCGUAUAUUGUUAAUCAGAUAUAAAGUUUUAGGUGUGUUCUGAGGGUUUCGUUCUGUGUCCUUCCCCCACGUUCACAUGUUUGUCGUAUUUAUACACCCCGUCCUCUGGCGUGCGCUCACGUUGUGUGUUGACCCUUGAGUUGUUCUUCUCUCUCAUUAGGCAUCACCACGGCCUUUUUCCGCAUUCAAAGCAAUAGAUUUGGAACAGAAACCUCCUAAAGCAUUAUGGGAAACCGAGUCUUCUCGGGCGUCUUUGUAAGCACUCAGACGGCCUGAACGGCUGCUCCCUCCCUUUAAAGUCCGAGUGAAAUGUCUCUUUGUGGGUGAGUGACUCUUUCCUGAUCACAGCCAUGAAAACGCAGCCAUGUAGCUACACAACACACACACACACACACACUCACACACUCUAACCAGCCCCGGUCAAGUGCUUUUUAUUAAAUUAAAAGAGGAGGAGUCACGGUACAGAAACAACAGCACAGACGCUAUUUUCAUGUGGACGAUGUUUUAUUCCCUGCUGUGAUGUUUGGGACUGAACUUGCGCAGUAUUCUGAGCAGUAUUCGUUUUAGUUGAACUGAGAUUUGUUUUUUUGGCAUUUAACUCGUGCCAGUGUUGAAAAACGCUUCUGUUGUCUUCAUGAGUAACCGUGUGCCCCACUGCAGACGUGUUUUAGUCCAGACGCUUUCUUACAAGGAUGCAAAGAGCAGGUCGAGACGGUAGAAGUGGUCUCAGUGUGUUUCUCUUUCUCUCACCUGAAUCGUCUCAGUUCAAGACGUCCCAUCACCUGAUACACCGAGCAAAAAAAAACCAACUGUAGCUGUUUGACUCAGGUUUGAUAAACACACACAGUAACACACGUGAGUUCUCUGUAACGGAGGUCCAAACGGCAUCAGAACCGUCCCUGUGGAGCCUUUCAGGGGCGACGAGCUCCGCGGUGUGAGUGCAAAACGCCAGGGCUGCCUCCUCUGACUUUUAUUGUGUUAAGCUGCCAGCUGCAAGGAGAACUGUUUAUAUGUUGUAUUCACUUUGUAAUAACUGGGGGGCUAAACAUGGGAUUGUUUUACAUCAACAUGACAAGUUUGGUUAGAGCAGAUU